GUGGACAGCCUGCCGUACCAGUGUAUGAUGGUGAAGAACAAGACUAUCAUUGCCCCCAAGACUACCGAGGAGCAGAAGGUUCUGUUCGUCCCACCGCGAGCUGGUGUCUACCAGAGUGUGCUGAGGGUUUGCUCCUGGCCCGUGUCUGCUGACAUGGAGCUGGCCGCCCGAGCAAACAUCUUUGCUCAGAGUGUGGUGCUCCUGGCCGAAGCACAGAACCCCAUGAUCGAGGUUGAAACGAGUGAAACUGGUGGUUUGGACUUUGGAGACCUUCCAGGAGGCAGCGCCAAGUCUCUCCCUCUGCGGUUGCUCAAUAGAACUCGGGCCACAGUACCCAUCCGCCUGGUUAUAAGCGCAAAUGCCACAGCAUGGCGAUGCUUCAGCUUCUCCAAACACCCUUUGACCACGGCGUCCGAGCCGGCCCCUGGACCCGCCAGCCCGCUGCCCGCCCCCUCAGUGAUGAACCAUGUGAUGCAUGCCAGCUACAGAGAGAAUCACGACAGUUUCAUGGUUUGGGUUCAUUUUAACUCACCUCAGAAAUACACGUCGUCUUCAGCGGAUCUUGGGCCGGCGCAGGAGUAUGCUGCUCGUGUGGACAUCGAGGUGGACUCUCCUGGACCCAGUCAUGUCAUCAGAAGCGUCACCCUAAAGGCCAGAUCUGGAACUGCAAGAGUACAUGCUCCAAAAGAUCUACAGACUGUUCGGCUGUGUGCUCCGGUGGGUGACUGCAGUCAGCAGACGCUGCCUUUAAAGAACGCUGGGAACAUUGAUGUGCAGCUGAAGCUGAAGCAGAUCGGUGAGGAUGGCUUCACUGUGACACCAGAGGAGCUCUCUCUGAGGGUGGGGGAGGAGAAGAGCGUUGUUGUGUCUUUCAAAGCACAGAGCAGCUGGAAAUGUAGAGACGGGCUGCUCACUGUCCUGGUGCUGCCGUCAGGCCCCCAGUACGAGGUGACUCUGAGAGGAGAAGUCACCCCCUCUGCUCCCGCCGCUGUGCCGGCCGCCAACGUCCCGCCAAUCCUUUCCAAUAAGCAGUUUGUGGCUUGGGGAGGGGUCACCCUGGGACGAGCAGUCCAACAGAAGCUGGUGCUCAGAAACAACUCGCCAAAGGCCACGCAGCAGCUGCGCCUGCUCAUCCGUGGUCAAGACCAGGACUGCUUCCAG